AUGGCGUCGGCUGAGGUCGACAUGCCCAGUCGCGGGCGGCGCGACGGCGGUGACUCGUACAGGCCGUCGGCCCCUCGAGCCCGAACACCCCCUCCGGUACGGACUGAAGAGGAGAAGCAAGCCGCAGCCAAGGCAGAGUACGAGAAGUUGCUGAACAUGCGCUCCGGAGGCACCUACAUCCCUCCGGCGCGGCUGAGGGCGCUCCAGGCCCAGAUCACGGACAAGACCAGCAAGGAGUACCAGCGCAUGGCGUGGGAGGCGCUCAAGAAGAGCAUCAACGGUCUCAUCAACAAGGUCAACACGGCAAACAUCAAGUUCAUCGUGCCGGAGCUCUUUGGCGAGAACCUCAUCCGCGGCCGGGGGCUGUUCUGCCGGUCCAUCAUGAAGGCGCAGGCGGCCAGUUUGCCCUUCACCCCCAUCUACGCCGCCAUGGCGGCCAUUGUCAACACGAAGCUGCCCACGGUGGGCGAGCUUCUCAUCAGGCGCUUAGUCAUGCAGUUCCGGAAGGGCUACAAGCGAAACGACAAGGCCGUGUGCUUGUCGUCGACGACCUUCCUGGCGCACUUGAUCAAUCAACAGGUCCAACACGAGAUUCUGGCUGGCCAGAUCCUUCUAACGCUACUGAAUAAGCCGUCUGAUGACAGUGUUGAGAUUGCGGUUGGCUUUUGCCGCGAGGUCGGGCAGUACUUGGAGGAGAUGCAAGCUUCGAUCUCGAUGGUGGUGUUUGACCAGUUCCGAAAUAUCCUACACGAGGCCGACAUCGACAAGCGAACGCAAUACAUGAUCGAGGUUCUCUUCCAGGUUCGCAAGGACAAGUUCAAGGACAACCCGGCUGUCAAGGAGGAGCUCGAUCUGGUUGAGGAGGAGGACCAGGUGACACACAACGUCGAGCUCGAUGGGCAAAUCGAUGUUCAGGACGGCCUUAAUGUGUUCAAAUUCGAUCCCGACUGGGAGGAGCACGAGGAGGAGUAUAAGAAGCUCAAGGCUGAGAUCCUCGGCGAGGGUAGCGAUGACGAAGACGACGAGGACGACGAGGAUGAAAGCUCUGAGGAAGAGGAGGAGGAGGAAGAAACCAAGGCUAUGGAGAUCAAGGACCAGACAAACGCCGACUUGGUGAACCUGAGGAGAACAAUCUACCUCACCAUCAUGUCCAGCGCCGACCCCGAAGAAGCCGUCCACAAGUUGAUGAAGAUCAACUUGCCUGCCGGCCAGGAGCCUGAGCUUCCCUCGAUGAUUGUCGAAUGUUGUUCUCAGGAGAAGACGUACACCAAGUUCUUCGGUUUGAUUGGAGAGCGUUUCGCCAAGAUCAACCGCCUCUGGUGUGAUCUCUUUGAGAAGGCAUUUGCUACUUACUACGAGACCAUCCAUCGAUACGAGAACAACAAGCUGCGGAACAUUGCUAUGCUCUUUGGCCACAUGUUUGCUGUGGAUGCCCUUGGUUGGCACGCGCUGUCUGUUAUUCACCUGAACGAGGAUGAAACGACAUCCAGCAGCCGUAUUUUCAUCAAAAUUCUCUUUCAGCACAUUGCAGAGGAGACGGGCAUGCCUAAGUUGAAAGCUAAGCUGACUGACGACAUGGUACGACCUAAUUUGGAGGGACUAUUCCCUAGGGACAACCCGCGCAACAUCCGGUUCUCCAUCAACUACUUCACCAGUAUCGGCAUGGGUCUUCUGACCGAGGAGUCCCGAGAGUACCUCCAGAACAUGCCCAAGCCUGCCUUACCAGCACCUGCGGCGAGGGAUGACUCGGACUCUGAUUCGGUAUCAAAGCUGUUGAUCGUGGACGCUCGCUAUCCCGCUCAACGCGAGGAGACAGACGAUCCCGGUCCUACUCGGAUUCUCGUUCUCGUUCCCGCUCGCGUUCAAGGUCAUUCUCAAGGUCUGCCACUCCUCCUCGCAGACGGGGGCGAAGCCCUUCGUACUCUGCCAGCCCGGCCAGAAAACCGAAGCGCGCUGCCAGCGAGAGUGUGUCUCGGUCGCCCCCACCUCGUCGGGCUCGGAGUGCCUCAUAUAGCUCUUACAGCCGAUCCCGAUCCCCUCCUCCUAAAAGGCGAAGAAACUCGUCUUCUGCGAGCCCGGUUAGGCGUGGGCGAGACCCCAGUGUUGACUCUCGUCGGGGUAGAAAGAACAGCUCUUCAGUGA